CCAAAAUCACAGAGUUUCUGUUAUGACCGCUACACUCUCCUGGAGUUUUUUGUUGCUUUCCUUGCUGAUCUCAUAUGUUUUCUGUCAUGACAAUGAUUAUCUCACUUUUCCUGAGGGAUUUCGUAUCGGAGCUGCAGGAGCGGCGUAUCAAAUUGAAGGCGGCUGGAACGCAAGUGAUAAAGGUCACAAUGUGUGGGAUAAUUUCACGCACACAGAACCAUGGCGGAUUGUAGGUGAAAGUAACGGUGACAUUGCUUGUGAUUCAUACCACAAAUACGAGGAAGACGUUAAAUGGCUCAAGGAGAUUGGACUCGAUCACUAUCGAUUCUCGCUCAGCUGGUCUCGCAUCUUGCCAACUGGCUACGCGGACAAAGUCAGUGAAGAUGGAAUUCGUUACUACAAAAAUCUGAUCGACGAACUACUCCGCAAUAACAUCGAACCCAUCGUCACUCUGUAUCAUUGGGAUCACCCGCAGGUGAUCGAGGAACAAGGUGGUUGGAUGAACAACAUGAUAGUCAAGUGGUUUGGCGACUACGCUAGGGUGGUAUUCAGGGAGCUUGGACCGAAGGUGAAAAUAUUUGCCACGAUAAACGAGCCAAAUGCAUUUUGUACAGAGGGCUAUGAGGAUGGUUGUAAGGCUCCAGGAAAACAACUCGCUCCGACGGGGGGAUAUAUGUGCGGUCAUAACGUGUUAAAGGCCCACGCCAGAGCGUACCGCAUUUACGACAGAGAAUUUCGAAAAUCCCAAAAUGGAAAGAUCGGCAUCGUGAUACCUUGCGGAGGUCAGAUAGCCAAGAUUCCGGGAGAUGACGCGUCUGUCGAAACAUCAUUUCAAUUCUCCUGCGGAUGGAUCGCUCACCCAAUUUUUUCCGAAACCGGAGACUACCCAGAAGUUAUGAAGCGUAACAUCGCUCGGAACAGCAAAACCGAAGGUUACCCCAGAUCAAGGCUGCCGAAAUUUUCGCCGAAAUGGAUCAAUUACAUCAGAGGAACUGCCGACUACUUUGGACUGAAUCAUUACACCACCUUCCAGGUAGCCCCUAGAACAAAAAAAGCAGACGACGUGUUUGGCCUUGACGCUGGUCUGGAGAUAAGCGUGGAUCCCAGCUGGCCUCAGACAGCUUCUGCCUGGCUAAGGGUGACUCCGUUCGGCUUCGGAGAUAUUCUCAGAAAGAUUAAGAAUGAAUACCGUAACCCGCCUGUUUAUGUUCUCGAGAAUGGCGUUUCUGACUCGGGAACACUGACUGACCAUCAGAGGAUUGGUUACUUCUACUCGUACCUGAAGGAACUCAUUACAGCGGUCAAACGAGAUGGGUGCAACGUACCACUUUAUACCAUAUGGAGUCUUCUCGACAAUUUCGAAUGGAAUAGAGGAUAUACAGAACGAUUUGGGAUUUUACAUGUGGACUUUAAUAGUUCAAACAGAACUCGGACACCCAAACUGUCGGUGGAAUGGUGGAAAAUUGUUUUAAGAACUCGGAAGCUGCAGCCUCUGACCGAGUACUUGUAGAUGAACUAUAUGCCGUUCCUGAUACACCUACGUUAUUUCAUAUAAUAUCCAUAUUUCAUACGCGUUAUAAUUUUCGUUCGUUGUGUUUC